ACAAGUACGAAUGUUUCUCAGUUCGAGACAGACUAUCGGACAGCGUGAAAGGGCGGGAAAAUUUUCAUGACCCGCGAUCUUCACAUGUUUAUUUUGGUGUUGUGAUUCAAAGCAAAUGGAUUUAAACAAUAAUGCACUCAGGCGGGAUCAUUUUACGUAAGUGAGCCGAGCUCAAACAUAUUCUCCGAGCCAAAGCCAUGAAUACUUAUUGAAGAAAAAUGGCUUAUGAAGAAAAUAACACAUCAAAUAUUACGCAGGCUUUGACGAAUUUGUUCGAGGAAGUGUUGUUCGCAACUGAGAGCCCUGGUGGGAAUAAAAGUAUAAAUGUCUCUCAAUUUUUAUCAGCACUGAAGGACCGGUCCACGAGGCACAAUCAGGAUAUAGAUUUUGGGACAUUGGUGAAAUUGGUAGACGGAUGGCGGACAAAAUUGAACCUAACAAAGAACUCAGAGCCGUUGUGUAAUUAUUGCGAUGGUAAUUUCAGAGAUCUUGUCCUUGCUUACAAUAGCAUACACGGAUACAUAAGCCUAAUUGUAUGCGUUUUCGGUUCAUUAGCAAAUGCGCUGAAUGUGGCUGUGCUGACAAGACGUGACCUCGCUGCGGCUCCAAUCAACAGACUGCUCAAGUGGCUCGCCGUGGCUGAUGUGUUUGUUAUGAUGGAGUAUGUCCCCUUCGCAAUUUAUAGGUAUUUGAUAUUACCUGGACAACGUGAAAUGCCAUACAAGUGGGCAGCAUAUCUCCUAUUUCACAUGCACUUCGCGCAGAUUUUCCACACAGCAUCCAUAUGUCUUACACUUUCGUUGGCUGUUUGGCGAUAUAUUGCUAUAAAGUAUUCAGAUAGAAGCCACAUAUUGUGUACAGAAAGGCGUUGCAGUACAGCGAUAUUGAGCAGCUUUAUAAUACCACCUAUCCUCUGUAUUCCCACCUAUAUGGUAUUCGAUAUACACACAGCCGUGGUAUUAGAGCCAAACGGACCAAUGAUUUUAUACCACGUCGAUUCAGAUGAAGAAGGGCAAUUGUUUAAGUUAAAUUUUUGGGUCCACGCCGUUCUAAUAAAGUUAUUACCUUGUUGUAUCCUGACAGUCAUCAGUCUCUGGCUAAUCAAGGAAGUUUACAGCGCAAACGAGCAUCAAAAGAGAAUUCGCGUAAACAAUGCCUGUACAAAUGACAAAGCAACGAAGCGUCAGUGUAAAGGGGAUAAGCGAACGAACAGAACUACAAAAAUGCUCGUUGCCGUGUUGCUUUUGUUUCUCGUCACAGAACUGCCCCAAGGCAUCUUGGGCCUUAUGAGCGGAGCAUUAGGGCGAUGUUUCUUUAAACGUUGCUACGAUCUAUUUGGCGAAUUGAUGGACGCGUUGGCGUUGUUGAAUGGGGCCAUUAACUUCGUGUUAUAUUGCUCUAUGUCGAGGCAGUUCCGGAUGACGUUUCGCCAGCUCGUGUGGCGAGCUCAACUACAUAGGUGGCCGCCACCGAUACCCUCGCACUCUGAUGGAUUGCACACGGCCAAAACUUCAGUGCCAUGAGAGAAGUUCGUACAAGAGAAACACACAUACGUCAUGCAACAGUUUGUGUGACGCACACCGCGGUUGUUUAUGCACAGACGUCCUAUUUUUAGACUAAUUACUCUAAAUUAUAAACAUGUAGCUCGUUGUUACCAAAGACUUUUUAAUUUUUUCUCAUCAAAAUAAGCUUAUAAUAUAAGAUUUUCCUAGAAAAAGGUUCCUAGAUUUCAGUUCAAUUGUUUUCUGAUUGCCCAAAAGACUUUUUUUUUGAGGGCAGAUUUAGAUACUACGAAGCACAAACGCGAACUACGACUCUGGUAUGUCAAUAUUGAAUACAUUUUCGACGUAUAUAUGUGAAUCAGACUAUAUGGUAACUCUUGACUCUGAAUCUGAACCAAAGUUACCAACUAAGAUUUGGUUGUUGAUGUUGAAUAUUGGAAGUAGCUUUUUUAUUUUUUAAUAUUAUCUUAUUUGCAAAAUGCGAUAUCCCAACGUUCUUAUUUGCAAAAAGCGAUAUCCCAACGUUCCUGUGUGUGAUUUCGAUAUACUUCUUUCAAUGGCCGCUGUGCUGAUAGAAUCACGCAGCAGAAAA